AUGUGGAUUUUAAUUUUCUUAUUCUCACCAUUUGCUGGUUCAACUUCAACAACACCUAAUCCAGGUUAGUAAAUUUCAAAACUAGAAAAUCUAACGAAAGCCAAGUAAGACAUGUGAAAAGAUGAAGAAUAUAUCAACAGACAUCAUUUUGAAAGUUUCUCUUAAUGUAGGGGUAUUGGCAGUGCAGUUAUAAGACUUAUAAGUGUGCGCUUGUCACGUGUGAAACUGGACUGCAUUUGUCUUGAUCAUGUGUGUGAAAGGUGCUUCUAGUAUGGUUCUACCAAACACACUGAUUUUCUUCACCUGCAGUAACACUGGACCAAUAUAGUCUCUUACUAGGCCUCUAGGGAGAACACUUUAGAUUUAAUAGAACUAUCCAGUAAGAACAAAGUCAGUUUAGUUUUAACGAAUAGCAUUCAAAGUGCAUAGAGCUCAUUUCAUAUCUUCACUUGCAAUUCUUAUUUUUUAGUAAACAGUCUUAACAUAUCCACACAUGGGAAUAUCACUCUUGGAGGUCUCUUUCCCAUUCACAAGGAGGGCGAUAAAGAAAAUAACUGUGGAGAGUUCAAUGAAAUCCCUGGUUACCAGUACAUGGAAGCGAUGCGUUAUGCCGUAGAAAAAAUCAACAACAGGUCAGAUUUGCUCCCGGGAAUUAGACUAGGAACGAUCAUUUACGACACUUGCCGAAGUCCUACGAUCUGCGCCGACAGGACGAAAGACUUUAUACAGCUUACGCUACAGACUGCAUCGGACGACCAGCCUGCAUCGGGCGACCAGCUUGCAAAUCUUGCAGGAAUAAUCGGUCCUUUUGUGAGUGGAAAUUCAAAAAUCGUCGGUAGUUUCUUACGUGUGUUUGAAAUCCCACAAAUAAGUUAUGCAUCUCUGUCAGUUGAACUGAGUAACAAGGAUAUUUAUAACUACUUUUUUCGGACAGUCCCUCCUGACAGUUUCUUUGCAGAAGCUUUGGCCGAGCUGUUGGAGAGACUGGGUUGGAAUUAUGUAUCGUUAAUUUAUUCCAAAGGCACUUACCCGGAAACUGGCGCUCAAGAAGUUGAAAAAGCGUUGGCAAAACGCCACAUUUGCUUAGCAAAAAAACAUCGCUUGGCGCGAUUUCCGAAAGAAUCCGAGUACGACGAAGCGAUCGACAAAGCAGUCAAGGUAAAAGAAGCGAACGUUGUCGUCUUCGUGACGAUUCAACGCGAUUCACGCAAGUUGCUCUUAGCAAAACGGCGACAACCGCAGGCCAAGAGACUCUUGAUCGUGGGCAGCAUCGCAUGGAGCAACCGAGAUGACAUCACUAAGGAACUGGGUAAGAUUGCUGACGGCACCAUCACCUUUGCGCACCAAGAAGGAGAGAUCAAGGACUUCGAAAAUUACUUUCGCUCGUUAAAUUUAUCAAACUACAACGCAAAUUACCAAGGCUGGUUCCAUGAAUUUUGGCAAAAACAAUUCAACUGCUCCUUAAACGAUUCAACAUACUCCUUAGUGGCAAAGUAUCCAACUCCUUGCACGGGGAAAGAAAGUCUGCAUAAAACACGCAUGGAAAUUGCUCCAGUUCGAGUCGUAAUCAAUGCAGUAAAUGCAAUGGCGUACGCUUUACACAACGUGCAACAGGCUCUCUGUCCCAAUACUGAAGAAAUAUGCAACGCAAUGAAACCCUUAUCAAGAACGCUGCUUCAAAAAUUUUUGAAAAACGUACCUUUCCCGAUUCGUCGUAUGGCUGGCCAAUCAAAUUCGAUCAAUAUAACGAAGUAG